AAGACGUGCUGUUGCCAAAGAAACUGUUUAAUGAAUAUGAAAACAAAAAUAAUUAUAAUUUCAUGAAGAAACGAUAUGUGUGAGGAGCCCUCAUUUAUAUUUAGGUUGAAGAAAACUUAAUGUUCAAACUUAUUGAUAUUACUAAUCUCAUAAAAAUAAGCAAAACUAUACUAGAGAAUAUUUCUCGUGUGGGAGACUUGCUGCGGUUAAAAAUAAAUAUGAAAAUGAAAACAUAAUCUUGGAAACAAAUUGAGCAAUGGACAUAAAUCGACUCCGAUAACGCUUUCAUCUAUAUUUAGAAUGAGUUUAUAACCUGAAAACAAAAUACUCGUUGCAAAACUAUUCAAGAGAAUGCUUUUACACUUUUUAUACGCAAUAAACUUUAAAGUGUUAACUGAAUAUAUUUAAAUGUUACCGAUCCCAUAGAGUAUUUAUGAUUUUGUACAAAAACAGCAGCUGAGACGUCAGUCUGUCUGUUCAUCAAUCUGAUUAACGUUAUUUUUAUAGGCUCUAGGCAGACAAAGUUUGAUUUUAAGUCUUCUCAGCACAAAACGAGCUUAGUUUUAAAGACGAUGACAAGAAUUGUAGUAUUUUAUAAUAACAAAUCAGUUCUGAAUUUAAUAGCGAUCAGCAAAUAAGCAUGAAAGUUGUCUAAUUUUAUGCGCUGAAUUGUUGCAGACGCCCUUCAGACACGCUUCUUCAUCUACAGGGUAUUAAUAUUCACAAUUGGCUACGCUCCACAGUUUAAGAAGCCAGCUCAGCUGAACACUAGCUGAAGUUACAGCGAAAUGACAGCACAUCCAAAGCAGCUGCUCGUGCAGCUCAAAAAACGAUGGUGGAUAAGUCUACUGCUGCUGAUCAUUCUGCUCCUUGUAUUCGCCACGAAUCGUUAUUAUCAACAGCAUCAAAAUUUGACUCCAAAGUCUGCACAAUGUUACCUGCCUGAGGAUUAUCCAAGUGAUGAUGCAAUUUAUCGGCUACGUCCGCUUAAUGCGCUGCCAGAUCUACUGCUGGAUGAAAGGCAGCCUCGAUUUCGUCGGACCAUCUUUUUUCUGGAGACGAGUUGCAUUAUGCCGCCAAGAUUUCAGUAUAACAAGCUGGAGCUGGCGGCAAGUCAAGCUUGCGCCAUUGAAUCGGCUGCUCAACUUAAUCCCAGCUACGAUGUUUUUGUGCUCUAUCCCAGUCCGUGGAAUUAUUUGCCGGACGGGAAGACAAAGUCGCAACUUCUUGAGGUAACCUUGAGCAAUCGCAAUGUACAUUUACGUUCGGUGAAUAUUCAGAGCCUUGUAAUCGACACUCCAGUUGAGGAUUGGCUCAAAAGUGGAGAGCUCUUCAAGUCGCGUAAUCCGACCGAGCACAUCUCGUAUCUGCUGCGUCUGCUGGUUCUCUAUCGCUUUGGUGGCUUCUAUGUGGACUUCGAUGUGCUCUUCAUGCGCCCCUUGAUGAAUUUACCCGAGAAUUUUCUUGGCGCCGAGAGUGAGCAUUCGAUAGCCAGCAGUCUUUUAUCUUUGGCUCCCUCUGGCAUUGGUCGUCAAUUUAUCGAAGAAUGUCUACGUGACUUUCAGCAGCAUUUCGAUGCGAAAAAUUGGCGAAAGAAUGGAGAUCAACUCAUCAAUCGUGUGGCAAGCAAGUUCUGUGGCACGCAGAAUGUUUCUGCAAUGCUCGACAAUCGUUCUGGUUGUCGUGGUCUUCAGAUACACGAUUGGUAUGCUUUUUAUGCUGUACAGAGGAGCUAUGUACAGGACUUUUUUGAUCCCACACGCGUGGAAGAAACUCUCGAGCUAACGAACGGCUCGUAUUUGGUGCAUUUAUGGAACAAGUUGUCUUACGAGUUGCCUGUUAAAUUCAACACAAAUACUGCCUAUGGCAAGCUGGCGAAGCAAUAUUGUCCUAAGGUCUAUGAGGCAGUCAGCGCAAAUUUGAAUUAGGAAAUAAACAAAGGAUAAAAUGUUCCAAAGACU